AUGGCGGACGUGAUACUUGGGAUGGCCGUGAAAGGCCUGGCUUCCGGCAUUGGCCUCGUCUCAGAAGGUAUCCAUCAUCACAAAGAGAGAAAGUUGGCAAGGACUGGAGCAGACCCGUCCAGCACAGCCGACGCACCAAAUGCGAAAGAGAAGCAGUCGCAGUCGCAGUCGCAGUCGCAGUCGCAGUCGCUUGUUCCCGAGGAAGGGGACGAAGAACAAUGGGAGCUGGAUGAGGCGCAGGACGAGCUCGCUGAUAUCGACAACAACAACGAAAGCCAGAAGGCGCCCCUGUCCAAACGUGAGCAGAUGAGUCCUACGAAGAUCACGGACGCAUUCAUGCGCAGGCAUCCUCCUCCUCCUUCAACGUCAAAGUCAACGUUACCUGUAUCGGCGAGGCAACAGCAACAGCAACACCAACACCAAAGCCCGGGAGACCCAGAGACCAAAGUGGCUGGAUCGCCGAAACUCCCAUUGCCCGUCAUUCUUCCUCAGCGCAGACCCAAGGCGCGGGAACGAGGCUUCAUUCGAGCCUACGCACCCGACCUCGCGAUCAAGGACAUCGACCAGGACACUUUUCUUGACUUCAUCGAGACCUUCCAUCAGGCCAGUCUGGCCGCACCCUGGCUCGACGCGGUCAACUUGGCCGGGUUCGCCACCCUGGCCCUGCCUCCGGGCAUCUCGCAGGCAGUGCAGCUUGCAAUCAUGAUCUCGGUCAAGAUUGCAAAAGACAUUCAGAGUCGCAAGCGACAGAACACCUUCCUCGACCGCAUCAACGACGAGUUUUUCCGGCCUCGUGGCCUUUAUUGCCUUGUCAUGACCUGGCAGCCCGACUCUCCUGAGAUGUAUACCUCGGUCGACCUGAAUUCCACCAUAGUCGACCGCAUGGCCCCGGCGUCAGGAAUGGGGAAAAUCAAGCGGAGCAUGAAGACUUCUAGUGGCGUCGGUGACGUUGCGUUCACUGAAGCAGCUGCUCUGGUCUUCCCUGCCCUCGAUGAGCUCGCCGUCCAGCAAGGAGACGAGGCUGAACGGAAGAAAGACAAGAUCAAACAUUAUAAGCAAUUUUCUCAGACCUACUUUGACCGCAGGGCUCAAGCAAAACAUGCGGGCAAGAACCCUGACAGUGCCCUGGCCAAACUCAACGGGCCGACUCCAAAGUUUACCUCCCGAUACGCCGAUCCAAACCAUCCAGCCACCAGUGGAAAUAUUGUGUCACUGAUCACCGGCGGAAAGUUCAAUCCACCUAACCUUCAGCAAAUCGUCGGAGGUGGGCUUGGUGGACGCGGUGGAGGCUUUGGAGGAGGCUUUGGAGGAGGCUUUGGAGGAGGCUUUGGCGGGUUCGGUGGAGGUUUCGGCGGCAGGCGACAGAUGAUGGGUGGCGGAAGAGGUGGAGGGUACCAAGGCCUGCCACAGCAAGCAUAUUACCAGCAAGGACAAGCGCAAUCUCAAUCUCAAGGGGCGAUGCAGCCAGGAGUUGGCUCUCAGCCACAAAAUUCAGAAUAUGCUGCUCAGACGGUGUUCGGCAGGGGAACAGAAAGAAGAGACGAUGGACCGAGUGGCAUGGGGGGCCUUGGAGGAGUCGGCCUGGACAACCUUGUUGGCGCCAUUCUCGGGUCAGGAUUGGGAGGUGGCCCAAAUGCCAUCAAACGUGUCCUCAGCCAGAAUGUCCUGUACCUGAUGAUUGUCAACAUGCCCACGGACGAGGAGAUGGCAGCCGCGAACAAUAUCACCGGCGAAUCAGGCGGACGGGCCUAG